AUGCACAAAGUGGCAGUAAUUACAGGUACGAACAGCAAUCUCGGUCUGAACAUUGCUUUCCGUCUAAUAGAAAAGGUGAAUCCGGUAUGUAGAUUGACCAUCAUCGUGACCUCAAGAACGCUGCCUCGAGCCAGAGAUGUCAUAAAGUCAAUUGAGAGCUUUGUGAAAAAAACAAAUCGACCAGGGAUUGUGGAUUACGAUUACCUUUUAGUUGACUUUACCAACAUGGUGAGUAUUCUCAAUGCAUAUUUUGAUCUUCAAAAGCAAUAUAAGCAAAUUCACUAUUUCUUUGUGAAUGCUGCUCAAGGUGUAUAUGACGGUAUUGACUGGAUAGGUGCCACCAAACAAGUAUGCACCAACAUUAUUGAUGCUGUCACAUAUCCAGAUUACAGACUUCAAAAAGUUGGGAUAAAGUCAAAGGACGAUAUGGGUCUUGUUUUCCAAGCGAAUGUUUUCGGACCUUACUACCUAAUACAGAAGAUAUUACCUUUACUUUCAGCGGGUAAGGCUAAUGUGGUGUGGAUUUCGAGUUUAAUGUCUGAUCCAAAGUACCUUUCUCUAACAGAUAUUCAGAUGCUCAAAUCAGAUACCACCUAUGAGGGCUCUAAGCGUUUAGUUGACUUGUUGCAUCUAGCCUCUUAUAAAGAAAUGAAAAGUCAUGGUAUUCACCAAUAUGUUGUUCAACCUGGUAUUUUUAUCAGCAAUUCAUUCUCAGUGUAUUUGAAUUUUUUCACUUAUUAUGGAAUGUUGCUUCUUUUCUAUGUAGCUAGAUUUAUUGGCUCAAAUUGGCACAAUAUUGAUGGUUACAGAGCUGCAAAUGCUCCGGUUUAUGUCGCGACAAUGGCCAAUCCGAAUUUUGAGAACCAGGAUGUCAAAUAUGGUUCCGCUACUUACAGAGAUGGCAUGGAAUAUAUUAAGACGCAGCCAAUUGAUGGAACUGGUGCUACCGAUGUUUAUAACUAUAUGAGCACGUUGAAGAAAGAAUGGGAUGCAAAAUUGAGCAACCAAAUCACGAACAGUAGACAACCAAUCUGA